AGCGUUUGAAAGUUGUGUGUUUUCUUCUCUUCCACAUGUACCUCGGACGUCUAGCUAGCAAACAGAGUCUAUCAGCGUUAUGAGACUUUCAGCUGACCCGUCUCGCACUUCUCUUCUCCUCGACCCUUUCUCUCGCGUGGCAGCCGCGGGUUGCCGUAGAGUUAACGCUAACCGGCCUAGGACGGGGACUCAAAGUAAUUCGCAUGCCCAUGGACCCAUGGAUCUUUCCGCAGCAUCUCUCUUCCUUUCAUCCUCCUUCGACAAACAUACAGCUUUUCUCCCAUCUUCAGAAAGUGGCUAAAAGUCUAUCACUCGCGGGUGUGAGCGGCCUCAAGGUUCGCGAACGCCCGUUGGCUCGAUAGUCGUGCUGCGGUCCGGGUCAUCCUGCAGGCCAUUUGGCAUGUUGCAAUGAACGGCUGCGUGUCAUGUCAUGGGACGUGGGACAUGCCCAUGUUCGUGCUUCAUCUCCGUCGUCGAAACAGGUGGUGCGGUAACGUACGCGCUCGCGUGCACCACGUCUCGCCCUCCCCGUCUUCGGAGACGAGCGUGUUAUAUAGCUCGUUUCCCGGGCCCACAUUAGCAUCACUGCAUCAGGUGAGUGGGAGAGCUAUUGGGCGGAUUCGAGUGCCAUGGGGACAUGACCGGACCAGAGACCAUUUCUAAACUCUAGCUCUCGGUUUCUCCCACUUCUUUCAGCCUCGAGGUGGCGCGAGCUUAUCAGUACCGAUCGCCGCGAUGACGUAUAAACGAUUCUCCUUACCGUUCCCCAGGUCGGCGGUUCUUCCAACGCUUGCAGGCGAAAUUUCUCCCGGGGAGUGGAGGAGACGAUGGUACCGGUGGAUUGCCGGCGGCGGGUACUCGCGUAGGAUGGUAUUGAACGUUCAGAACACCGCCAGGACGUGGAAUUGGUGCCUGCUCGGGCACGGGUCAUUAAAUUGGCUUGUAUGUUCCCUCGUGCAUGCGUUCUCAUUGUCUACAUUACGCUACCACGAACGGCACUUGAGCCUCGUUGGGUGGGCUUCGCGAGUCGGGGCCUGUCGCGUCUCGACCGUCCACUUCCGGGUGUAGGAAUCAGGGGGUGUUCCCGAUCACGUGGUCUGCACGGUGUUUCUCACCAGGGAGCUUCUUUCUGAUCCACGCGGAAACGGGGGCGAACAUCCACAGAUCCAAUUUUCUUGCGCGACAACACACAUAUAACACUCGCUCUUUCAUUCCGACUAUCUUCUCUCCUUUUAAAACUUGCACAGGCCCCCCCGUGCGUGUGUGCAGGCCAUACCGCGAACAUCCCCUUCUUCAUCCAUCAGCCCAUUUCACAGCGCUGAUUGAGAGCUGAGACGGUCGUCGACGUCGCACGCGUCCCCAUACACGCGUUUUUCAUCCGGCUUCAACUCAUAUACAGCCCAGCCAAGACACUCAUAUUCGACCGACUGGUCGCACCCAGCCACUCGCCUCUCCUUUGCCCCUCGGUCUCAGAAUGCAGCUCAGGGAUACAGCCUCCCCCACUUCCGCCUCGUCGUCGGCGCCGAGUAAGCUCUUCCUCGACAUGAGCAGGCUCAAGAGCCCCGUCACCUCUAUGGGCACCUCCGUCGGCACCCAUCCCACCCAGUGGUCCCAGUCCUCCUGCGACCACCCGCCCAAAUCCGCCGCGCUCACCUUCGCCGCCGUAUGGGACGACGAGCGCGGCAUCAUCACCUUCUCGAGCAGCAAGGGCCUGCUCGAGCAGCGCUACUCCGACUACAUCAUGGUCGACGGAGACGACAACGACGAUGACUCCUUCUUCGGCUGCGGCGAAGGAGAAGGAGAGUAUGACGAGUUCCAGGACUGUGGCGACUCGGGGACGUUCGGCGAGAACGACUCGACGAUGGCCAUGUUCCAAGACGCGUUCAAGGCGUUUCUCCAUCGCACACCGCGGGGUCCGCGGUUCAGCACGUGUGAUGCGACCGACAGCACCCAGGCCCAGCCUUCGAGCUCGCGAUCGCCAAACCAGCCCGUCGCGGGACCGUCUACACCCAGCAAGGAGCACACCACCGCCCACACCAUAGGAGUCGCGUCCGGCUCUGCCGGGCCGUAUCCUCGAAGAGGCGCAGUGCGCAAGUCGAAGAGCAAGGGCACGCUCGCCUCAUCCACGCUGGACGGCCUCAACGUAUACGACAAGCAGCACCAGCAACGCGAACGUCCGCCUCGGGCGCCGCGCCUCGUGGACGCGCACUACUCGUGCUUUGACACGCUCGAUAAAGACCCGGCUUUCCAGCCGUGCGUCACGUUCAGGCGCCGCAAUAUGGCGCACGCGGACGAGGAGACGGUGUCAGACGAGGGGUUCUAUGAGAGCAGCGAGUGCUUGAGGGCACCGGCGUUGCAGGACAGACAGUAUCUGAAAUCACACUUCUCAACAACAACAACGUCCACCUCGAACUACAUCGAAGUCGCCCGCUUCACAGAAUCCGACGAAUACUUCUCCUCGCCACUCUCCGCCUGCCCAUACGGCGGCACACCCCCAAACUCGCCCCGAAAAGUCCUCCGCAAGCGGCGCCCUUUCACGCGGUCAUCCGACCAGCCAGACCAACCCAGACCAAACGGCCCACACGGCCACUCCCCCCUUGCUUCCUCGUGUACGAGCAGCGAGCCCGACUCCCCCGAGCCGACGACGCCCGUCGACCGUGCGUCGCCGCUGUCGGCAUUCACCACCACCACCACGACAUCGUCUAAUAGCGAUAAGCGGGCGAGCCCGCUGGCGUAUGUGCGCCGUAAAUGCAGCACGCUCACGGGCGGAGGGGCAAACGCGGGUGGCCCGAAUCACGGUUGGGUGUGUGUCGAGGUGACGCCGAUUAUCAAGCAGCGCGUUGUCGAGACGCCGUGAGCGCGUCUAGUGGCUCUUAUUCUCGGUGCUACUUUCUGUCGUUGGCAUCUUGUUCUCGCUUCUUUGCCUUCGUCUUUCUGCGUGGUCUUAUGAUCCGAACUUUCAGCGCUCGAACUCUGCUGUCUUCCUCCAUACGUCCCGCGUAUAUCGUCCUUUCAGCGUCCACCUUCUACAUUCCUCUUCCUCUCUACAUUCCUCGUAUACCGUCCUCCAUCACGUAAUGGGUUUCAGGCGCCUAAUCGUAGGCCAAACACACACACGCAUCGCGACACUUUUUCUUCCUCUGCUCGACACGCUGCGAGCAGCGAGUGUACCUACUCUCCUUAUUCCAUCCCCGUCUCUGCCCCUUGUCAUGCUCACGUCUAGCCCCGCCUCUUCGGCCCUCGUCUUACUGUUGUACAGUAACCGCGCCAUACCCCACGGACGCCCGCUGCUCCGGGCUGUCCUGUCUUAUUACAUUUUACCUCGGUACCGCCGUAUGUAAUGGCAGCAGUUGCCUUGUUU